AUGCGUCAUUCUACUGUUCUAGCUUUUAUUGGAUUGCUACUCUCCGUAGCAUCAGCGGCACCAGUCGGUGAAGCAUUCUCGCCCAGUGAAGUAAUUGCUGCUUCAUCCAACAUCCAUUUACCACGAGCACCAGAACCGGCAACCACUACAGCCGCUGUAGCACCUCCAAAGGAUUUCGAUGUCGAGUUCUUUGAUAUCCCUUUAAAGCAGGCGAUAUCCCCAAACAAACGAAACGUCGAACGUCUAUUCAAAAGGGGUGCCACAUGCUAUGACCCCGACUACUAUACCUUCAACACUAGCGACUUCUGGGCCAUGGAAAACAGCUUCUGGCCCCGUACCGACUGGUUGUACAUAGAACAUUUGAAGGUCGGCACUUGGACUUGGGGAACGGUUAGGAUCUGCUUUGCAAACUACUAUCUUUUUGCGAACACAAAUGUUUAUGUUAGAAAUUUUGGGGAUGCAAUGGCGGUGAUUGGGGGCUGUUGUACCGGUUCAAGAUGUGCCGGAGGUUCUACUACUGUUACCGGUGAUAAUGGAGUGAACAUUUCUGUUUGGGUUUCUCAAUCGGCAAGAGGCUGCUUUACCUAG